UAUCACCUGACUGCCGUCCCCAUCCUUGGAGCUUCGCCAACCAUCCUCUACCACUCAAGGUGCAAUUAAACAUGUCGAACAUCACCACUGAAUCCUCCAUGGAAUCCUCCCCCCCUCCGCCUCCGCCCCCGCCCCCGCCCCCGCCCCCGGUGCGGCACCGUGCUCCCUGCGCCGUGUGCGAGCACCCGCGGCGGAGGUGCCGCCGGGACUGUCCCUUCGCACGGCACUUCCCAGGUGAAAGGCCAACAUGCCUUGAUUCUUUGUGUCUGGCUUACGGGCCACAGCUUGCAGCUAGGAUGCUUGGAGUGUUGAACCGAGAACGGUGGAUACCGGCAGCAAAUUCACUGGUAUACAAUGCAAUCCUUCACCUCCGACAUCGUGAGAACGAAGCUUUCGAGAUUAUUGCUAGACUCCAGAAUCAAGUGGUUGAUCUACAAGUCAGCAAUUCGCUUCUGAGACAUCAGAUUGCUGCUCGAGAGCGGACCCGACAGCGUCCGCCCAGCAUCUAUGAUCUGAUCGAAUGGCCGACUAAUGAUGGGCUGGCCGGCGUGAAUGAACCAGCUGGCGGCGGAAGGCCACCUGCUUCUGGCCCCGGAGAAGGAAGCAGCAUGCCAUCUGGUGGUCAGCAUGGGGCACCAAGCUCUUCUGAGUACAACAACCGCCCUCGAAUUGGACCCCCUAAGAGUUCUUAAGGUUUGGGGGAUAAGGUGGAGAUGGUGACAAAGAAAGACAUGAGCUUCUCUUAAAGUAUUGCCAGUUUCAGAAUAAGCUAAGGGAUUUUCACCCUCAUGUGCCUGUUACAGUUACACUGCUUGUUUUUUCUUUUUCAUAGCAUGUGAAUGAACCAUUCAGCUCUGUUGUUUUUGCUUAAUAAUGCAUUGUGAUUUAAGACUAAAAGUUAUCUCAGUACAACAUUAGAACUAUUUUUCUUUUUGGCUUGUUACAAUCUUGAAUAUUAAGAAAUAAUAAUGUAGUGGCAUAUGCUACCUCCAUUCAA